AUGGACAAGACUAAGUUCAGACAACAAGCGCUCUUCAUACGAACUUCACUCUUUGAUCAGGGAUUCCUUGACGAGCAAUUCAUUCAGUUAGAAGAACUGCAAGACGAUGUUAAUCCCAAUUUUGUUGAAGAAAUUGUGACCCUUUUCUACAGUGACUCUGUAAGACUGAUCUACAACAUAGAAAGAGGACUGAUGAGUAACCCUCCAAAUUUCACCAAGCUAGAUGAUUUCAUGCAUCAAUUCAAGGGUAGUUGCUCAAGCAUUGGAGCAAAGAAGGUGAAGACUGAAUGUAGCAGAUUCAGUGAAUACUGCGCAGCAGAAAACUUUGAGGGGUAA